UUAGGUUCAUUUACUGGAACCCUGUCCACUCUCCCGGUUCAUACCCUGGGUAGCAUAGUGAUCGGUGAAGUGCUGAAGAGAGCCGACAUUAAACCAGAUGAAAUUUCUGAAGUUAUAUUUGGACAUGUGUUGACUGCAGGCACUGGGCAAAACCCAACUCGCCAAGCUGCUGUGGGAGCCUCAGUUCCUUACUCUGUUCCUGCAUGGAGCUGCCAGAUGAUCUGUGGUUCGGGCCUGAAGGCAGUUAGCCUUGGAGCUCAGGCCAUACUGACAGGAGAGUCUGAUAUUGUGGUUGCUGGUGGUAUGGAGAACAUGAGUCAGGCUCCUCACUUGGUCCAGAUGAGAGCAGGUGUGAAAGCUGGGGAUGUCCCAUUACAAGACAGCAUACUUUGUGACGGUCUCAAUGAUGCCUUUUACAAGUACCACAUGGGAGUAACUGCUGAAAAUGUGGCCAAACAAUGGAAAAUAUCCAGAGAAGAGCAGGACAAGCAAGCGGUUCAAUCACAAAACAGGACUGAGGCUGCACAAAAAGCUGGCCAUUUCGACAAAGAAAUUGUAUUCGUUGAGGUGCCCUCCAGGAAAGGUCCUGUUGUAGUGAAAACUGAUGAAUUUCCUAGACAUGGCAGUACUUUAGAAGCAAUGUCAAAGUUAAAACCUUAUUUUCUCAAGGAUGGGACUGGUACAGUAACCCCUGCUAAUGCAUCAGGUAUUAAUGAUGGAGCAGCAGCAGUGGUUCUCAUGCGGAAGUCUGAAGCACACCGCAGACACCUCUCCCCGUUGGCACAGAUUGUCUGUACAGCUCAGGCUGGUUUGGAUCCAUCUGUUAUGGGAGUUGGACCAAUCCCAGCCAUCAGAAAAGCUGUUGAAAAAGCUGGAUGGAGCCUAGAUGAUGUGGAUGUAUUUGAAAUAAAUGAAGCUUUUGCAGCACAAGCAUUGGCAGUUGUGAGAGAAUUGGGGAUAAACCCUGAUAAGGUUAACAUUCAAGGAGGUGCCAUAGCUCUCGGCCAUCCUCUCGGAAUGUCUGGCUGUCGUAUUUUGGUGACUCUCCUUUAUGCUCUGGAAAGAACUGGUGGGAAGAAAGGAGUGGCUGCCCUAUGUAUAGGUGGAGGCAUGGGAAUAGCAAUGUGUGUUGAGAGAACAAGCUAA